AUGCUUACCAUAUUGCGAGGAUGUACAACGCACGUUCCAAAUAAACAAUCUCUGCCAUCAUCGUCAUCGUCAUCGUCGUUACCACUUGAACCUCCAAAAUCUGAUGAACCAAUCUCUUAUAAUGCCGUAGCGCAAAAAGAAGCGUUUGCUAAAAAAAAAGAGUUAGAAAAAGAAUUGGUCGAAUUACAAGCUAUGACAAGAAUUACUACUAAUCCUGAAUAUUAUAGAAGUUUUUCUUCUCAGGUUUCUGAUAUACAAAAAAGUAUUAAAAGUCAAGAUGUUCGUACUGCCGAAAGCUUUUCCAUGCCUUCAUCUUCAGUUGGAAUAUCCGAUCACGAGUCUAUUGCUAUAGCCGUUGCCCUUG